UCUCUCUCUAGAUAUCUAAAAUUUUCGUUGAAUAUUUGCAAUUUGUGUGAAUAUAUUUCCUGCUUGCCACAGUACACAUGUAAGUCAAGAACUUCUAUGUUAUACAUGGCAUGCACAGGAGUGCUGGGAUUCGCCACUCCACCAUUAAACUCGAGCAGAAGAUCGAAGGCACACCAAAAGGACACCAGUAUUUCUUGUUGCUCAACUUCUACUUCCACAGAUGAGCAAGGAACUGCUAGGAAAUUCACCUACUCCAGAGCGUCACCAGCUGCGCGGUGGCCGCACUUGAAAUCCACCGAAACCCAACACGUGUCGCAGAAGAAAAUGGUGUAUUCUGAGGUUAAAGAUGAAAUUGAAGAGGUAAGCGAAGAUGGGGCUGUGAGUGUGGACGCUGAUGGCGUAGAAGACAAACUGUUUGAUAAAAGGCUUAGCAGAAACAAAGUGAAGAAAAUGAGCAAGCUGGCGUUGAAGAGGGCCAAGGACUGGCGGCAGAGGGUGCAGUUUAUAACGGACAGGAUUUUGAAUUUGAAAUCGGAGGAGUUUGUGGCUGAUGUUUUGGAUGAGAAGAUGGUGCAAAUGACCCCAACUGAUUUCUGCUUUGUGGUGAAAUCUGUUGGUCAGUCCAGUUGGCAAAGGGCGUUGGAGAUUUACGAGUGGUUAAAUCUUCGAAACUGGUACGCUCCAAACGCACGAAUGCUGGCUACAAUAUUGUCUGUGCUUGGAAAAGCCAAUCAAGAAUCUCUGGCUGUGGAGAUUUUCACCCGGGCUGAACAAUCUGUUGGCAAUACUGUCCAAGUGUAUAAUGCAAUGAUGGGGGUUUACGCUAGAAACGGUCGGUUUCCCAAAGUUCAGGAGAUGCUUGAUUUGAUGCGUGAACGCGGCUGUGAGCCGGACUUGGUUAGUUUCAAUACGCUGAUAAACGCACGAAUGAAAUCGGGUCCCUCAACACCGAAUUUGGGUAUCGAACUGUUGGAUGAAGUGAGGAGAUCGGGUAUUCAACCCGACAUAAUUACUUACAACACUCUUAUUAGCGGUUGUUCGCGUGAGUCUAAUUUAGAGGAGGCUGUGAAAGUUUUUCAUGACAUGGAGGCACACAAAUGUCAACCCGACUUAUGGACUUAUAACGCAAUGAUUUCAGUGUGUGGAAGAUGUGGACUUUCCGGUGAGGCAGAACGUCUCUUUAAGGAGUUGGGUUCCAAGAAUUUUUUGCCAGAUGCAGUUACAUACAAUUCUCUACUUUAUGCAUUUGCAAGAGAAGGGAAUGUCGAAAAGGUGGAAGAAAUCUGUCAAGAAAUGGUAAAGAUGGGGUUUGCGAAGGAUGAGAUGACUUAUAAUACCAUUAUUUACAUGCAUGGGAAGCAAGGUAGGCAUGACCUAGCUUUGCAAAUUUACAGAGACAUGAAAUCUUUGGGCCGAAAUCCUGAUGCAGUGACAUACACUGUUCUCAUCGACUCGUUAGGGAAAGCAAGUAAGAUGGCAGAAGCUGCGAAUGUGAUGUCGGAAAUGCUAAAUACAGGUACCAGACCUACUCUGCGUACUUACAGUGCUUUGAUAUGUGGCUAUGCAAAAGCUGGAGAGAGAGAGGAGGCUGAAGAGAUAUUCGAUUGCAUGCGGCGGUCCGGAAUUAAACCAGACAAUCUUGCAUAUUCAGUCAUGUUGGAUGUUCAUUUAAGGUCAAACAACUCAAAGAAGGCAAUGUUGUUGUAUGAAGAAAUGGUUCGUAAUGGUUUUACCCCAGAUCGUGGCCUCUAUGAAACACUGAUCCGAGUGUUAGCUGGAGAAAACAAUGAAGAAUGUAUCCAGAAAGUGGUCGAGGAUUUAGAGGAAAUGCAUGGCUUAAGCCCGGAGAUGAUUUCUUCAGUACUUACAAAAGGUGGUAGCUUUGAUUUCGCAGCGAAAAAACUGAGACUUGCAAUUACGCAGGGUCGUACUUUUGACAGGGAGAACUUGAUAUCAAUUUUGACUUCGUAUAGUUUAUCUGGACGGCAUACUGAAGCAAUAGAACUGUUGAAUUUCAUGCAGGAGCAUGCAUCUGGAUCCCAACAGUUUAUAUCCGAAGCUUUAGUUGUUAUUCGUUGCAAAGCUCAUCAGCUAGAUGCUGCUUUAGACGAAUAUUACAAAAAUAACAACCUGCAUACUUUUAAUGGGAGCUAUGCCAUGUACGAAUCUCUGAUCAUGUCAUGUGGGGAGAAUGAGUGCUUUGCUGAAGCUUCUCAAAUAUUUUCAGAUAUGAGAUUCCAUGCGAUUGAACCUUCGGCAGAAAUAUAUCAGACAAUGGCUCUUAUCUAUUGCAAAAUGGAUCUACCCGAGACAGCUCAUCAUUUGUUUGAGCAGGCAGAAGUCAAAGGCCUUCCUCUUCAUGACACCUCAAUUUGUACUGCUCUUGUUGAAGCUUAUGGAAAACUGAAGCAACUGGAAAAAGCAGAGAGUGUUGUUGGAAGGCUGCGACAGAGGUGCAAAAUAGUGGACCGUAAAGUUUGGAACUCGUUGAUUCAAGCUUAUGCUUUAAGUGGUUGCUAUGAGAAAGCAAGAGCUGCUUUCAAUACGAUGAUGAGAGACGGGCCUUCACCCACAGUUGAUACGAUAAACUCUCUCCUGCAAGCUUUGAUUGUUGAUGGGAGAUUAAGCGAACUCUAUGCCUUGAUUCAGGAUCUACAGGAUAUGAGUUUCAAAAUUAGCAAGAGCUCUAUUAUUUUGAUGCUCGAAGCAUUUGCUCGAUCUGGCAACAUAUUUGAAGUGAAGAAAAUAUACCACGGAAUGAAAGUUGCAGGGUAUCUUCCUACCAUGCAUCUCUAUAGGGUUAUGAUCGGGUUGCUAUGCAGGGCAAAACAGGUAAGAGAUGUUGAGGCCAUGGUUUCUGAGAUGGAGGAAAUGGGAUUCACUCCCGAUCUCUCUAUAUAUAAUAUGUUGCUCCAGUUGUAUACGAAAAUAGAGGAUUAUAAGAAGACAGUUCAAGUUUACCAGCGUAUUCAAGAAUCGGGACUUGAACCAGAUGAGGAAACUUACAAAACUUUAAUCUUAAUGUACUGUAGAGACUGCAGGCCUGAAGAAGCUGUCUUAUUGAUGCGUGAAAUGAGACAGCUUGGCUUGAACCCUGACUUGGAUACCUACAAAAGCCUGAUUGCAGCUUUUUGUAAAAAGCUGAUGUUGGAAGAAGCGGAAGAGCUUUUUAACGGCUUACAAACAGAAGGACAUAAACUAAACAGGUCAUUUUAUCAUUUGAUGAUGAAAAUGUACAGAAGCUCUGAGAAUUACACAAAAGCAGAAAAACUGCUGGAGAGUAUGAAAGAAUCGGGAGUUGAACCAAAUGCCGCUACAAUGUACCUGCUUAUGAGUUCUUAUGGCAGCUCAGGGCAUCCAGUGGAAGCUGAAAAAGUGCUUAACAGUUUAAAAUCUAACGGCUCAAAUGUUAGUACGUUAACAUACAGUUCAGUAAUCGAUGCUUAUCUCAAGAAUGGUGAUCUUGAAAUAGGCAUUCAGAAGCUUUUGGAGAUGAAAAAUGAAGGCUUGGAUCCAGAUCACAGGAUAUGGACUUGUUUUAUUAGGGCUGCAAGUCUGUGCCACAGUUUCAGUGAAGCCACUAUGCUGUUAAAUGCCGUUGGAGAUGCUGGUUUCGAUAUUCCGUUAAGGCUUUUGACAGAAAAUUCUAUGUCGCUGCUGUCAGAGAUAGACUGCUAUCUCAAGACACUAGAACCUGUAGAAGAUAAUGCAGCGUUUAACUUUGUUAAUGCUUUGGAAGAUAUGCUGUGGGCGUACGAACGCCGGGCAACUGCCACGUGGAUUUUCCAGCUGGCAGUUAAGAGAAACAUUUAUAAUCACGAUGUGUUCAGGGUGGCUGAUAAGGAUUGGGGGGCCGAUUUUAGAAAAUUAUCCGCCGGUGCUGCUCUUGUCGGACUUACAUUAUGGCUUGACCAUAUGCAGGAUGCAUCGCUGGAAGGCUUCCCCGAAUCUCCAAAAUCCGUAGUACUAAUAACCGGUAACGCAGAAUACAACAAGGUAUCUCUAAACAGCACACUGAAGGCAUAUCUUUGGGAAAUGGGAUCCCCAUUCUUGCCGUGUAAAACCCGAAGCGGAAUCCUCGUUGCAAAAGCUCAUUCAUUGAGAUUGUGGUUGAAGGACUCUCCUUUCUGCUUGGAUCUCGAAUUGAAAGACAACCCUAUAAUACCGGAGACUAAUUCAAUGCAGCUAAUUGAAGGGUGCUACAUCAGACGAGGGCUUGUUCCAGCUUUCAAUGACAUAAAAGAGAAGCUCGGGGGGCAAGUGAAUCCUAGGAAGUUUGCAAGACUUGCGUUAUUGUCGGACGAGAAGAGAGAGAAAGUUAUUCAGGCUGAUAUAGAUGGUAGAAAAGAGAAGUUGGCCAAGCUGGAGAAAAUUGGAGCUAUGAGAGAGAAAAGAAUCAGCAGCAGGUUCAGUAAGAACAAGUUCAUUAGCAGUGGUGUUGUUUCUGAAGCUGAAAGAGGAGUCUUGAAUUAGCUUUUGGUUUGAAACUUCUGGUAAAUUUUGAGAAAAAAACCAAAAGCUAAAACAGGUGGCAAUUUCGUAAAUCAGCAUGUAUUUAGAAGUGACAUUUUUUUUUAAUAAUUAUUUAUAAAAAAAAUUGUACAGAU